CAAUUUUGGCAUAAUUCUUGCGAGGAUUUUUCUCUGGUUCGUUGGUCCUUGACUCCACAGUGAGAGAGAAGAGAACCUGCAAAACUAUGGCUGAUUCAGUGCCAGAGUUAGGUCAAAUCUCCGGCGGAGAUUUUCAGGCGCUCCCUGUCGAGGCUGAGUGUAUCAAGCAGCGCCUCGAUGAGGUUAUCAAUUGGGUUGAUUCGCUUGAGGACAAAUUGAAAGAAGUAGAGGAGUUUUACUCGAGCAUUGGUGUCUCAAACUCUGGCUCUAGCGGUAAAGAUGCAGAUAAAGGGAGGCAAGUUGUGGGGAUUCGGAAGAUUCAACAAGAGGCGGCUCGUAGAGAAGCUGUUGCUGCUAAAAGAAUGCAGGACCUUAUGCGUCAGUUCGGAACUAUCUUCCGUCAGAUAACUCAGCAUAAGUGUGCAUGGCCAUUUAUGCAUCCUGUCAAUGUAGAAGGUCUUGGUUUGCAUGACUACUUUGAGGUUAUUGACAAGCCUAUGGACUUCAGCACAAUAAAGAAUCAAAUGGAGGCUAAGGAUGGUACUGGGUACAAACAUGUUAUGCAAAUAUAUGCCGAUAUGCGGUUAGUAUUUGAGAACGCUAUGAAUUAUAAUGAAGAAACGAGUGAUGUUUUCUCUAUGGCAAAAAAGUUACUAGAAAAGUUUGAGGAGAAAUGGGUACAGUUUCUUCCAAAGGUCCAAGAAGAGGAGAAAAUACGGGAGGAAGAGGAGAAGCAAGCAGCAACAGAGGCGCUGCUAGCAAAAGAAGCAUCUCAUAUCAAAACAACUAGAGACUUGAGCAAUGAGAUUUGCCAUGCUAAUGACGAGCUGGAGAAGCUAAUGCGUAAAGUUGUGGAAAGAUGCAGAAAAAUCACAACUGAGGAGAAGCGUAAUAUUGGGUUGGGAUUGUUGAAACUGUCUCCGGAAGAUCUACAGAAAGUGUUGGCUAUAGUUGCUCAAGCUGACCCGAGCUUCCAAUCUAGAGCAGAAGAAGUGAAUAUUGAGAUGGACGGACUGGACGAACCAACACUAUGGAGGCUAAAGUUCUUUGUGAAGGAUGCGUUGGAGAAUACAAUAAAGAAGAAGAAAGAGGAAGAGACAAAGAAAGAGGGUUCAAACAAACGAAAUGCGACCACCAAGUUAGCUGAGCGAAACUCGAAGCGGUCACGCUCGUGAUCCACAAUUGCUUUCUGAGGACACAAGACCUGAAAACAGAAAAAUCUUCAAUGAGAUGAAUCUCCUUUGUAUAUACGUUUUUGUAGUAGUCGUUCUCUAGUGUCUGGAUUCUACUAAGUACUUAAACAUUGACAAAUGCAAUCUAUAAAUAAAGCGUUUGCCUUUGUGAUUCAA